AUGAACGCCGGUGUUAGUGGAUACGGGGGCUACAGCGACGCGCCGCUGACGCGCGACUACGCGUCCGGCUCGGUACUGAAACACAGCCUGCGACAGCUCAACUUCCACGGCAUGUGGCCGCUGCCAGGUUCCUGGCGUUUCCACGCCUUCAGCGCCACUGUGUUCGCGCUGGGCGUCGGCAACUUCUCGCAGAUCGUUCUCGGCGUCUACUCCAGCUGGGGCGACCUGCAGGAGCUCACCAUGGCCUUCUCCAACACCUUCACCGUCUUCAGCGGCAUCCUGAAGAUGACGCACUUCCUGAGGAACCGCCGCCGCUACUGCGCCCUGGUCCGCCUCACCGACAACCUCGCCGCCUUGCAGCAGACACACUGCGAGGUUGACGACGGCUUGGCGGCCAUCUCCCGCGACUCGCUGAAAGUCGCUUAUCGCCUCCCGCUCGCCGUCUACGCCUAUAUCGCACUGCUGUGUGUCAUUUGGUUCCCCAUGCCGCUCAUCGUGGAGCCUCACAGUCAGAAACUGCCCUUCAUACAGCUUCAUUACUGGAUUAAUCGGACGAGUUUUCCUGUUUACGAAACUUCGUUUCUUCUGCAGGACAUUUCUUCCUUCUUCUUCAUCUUCAUCAGCACUGGCUUGGACUGUUUCUUCGCGGUCAUCAUGGUCCACGUCACGCUUCAGCUGAAGCUGCUAGUUUAUCGCAUUAGUGAUAUUAGAUUACGUGACGCAUCCGCGAUUGCUGACGUGUCUGAGGUUCGCCACGGCUACGAUGACAAUGAAGCGCACGAAGCAAUGUACAAAGAACUGUGUCUCUGCAUCGAGACCCACCAGAAAAUCUUAGGGUUUGUAAAGUACCUGGAGAGUGUCAUGAAUCCCAUUGCUCUUACACAGUUCGUAUUCAGUGUGUUGGCUGCUUGCGUGACACUGUUCCAAGAGACAUACAAUCCAGACAUAAGCGCUGUGUUCAAGUGCGCGUCUUACCUGCCGACACCCGGAGCUCAGGUGUUCCUCUACUGUUGGGGCGCACACAACAUCAUGGAGCAGGGGGAGGAGGUGUCCGCAGCCGCCUACGACAGUUCUUGGUUCGACGCAAACGCUCGCUUCAAGCGCAGCAUGAGGAUCCUGAUGUGCCGCGCCCAGAAGCCACUGUUACUCACAGCGGGACGGAUGUACCCAAUCAGCAGGGCUACGUUUGUGUGGCUGGUGAACGCCUCGUACAAGUACUACGCGCUGCUGCGGCAGCUCCACAGCCGGGACAGCCAGAGGAGCUAG